AAUGCAUCCCAGUAAUAAAGAGGUUAAUGGCGCCGUUACAGAAGCCGAAAGACAAAAAUUGAACAACAUUUCUGAGUUUGUUGUGAUUGGAGGCGAGGGUUGAUGGUAUCUGGUGAACCCCCUUAUUUUCCGCCAUUACGUAACAAGUGGCAUGACUAAGGAAUGAGAGAUGUAACUGCCACCCCUGUUGCCACCACCCGUGCCGCAGCCCACAUGACAUACCAGUGACAUCUCCUGCCUGGCCCAUAACAGGAACAACGUGAGACAUACAGGAGGGAGGGACAGAGAGAGAGAGAGAGAGAGAGAGAGAGAGAGAGAGAGAGAUGGCAAACAAGAACAAUGACAGGCAGCAACCACCUCCCAACCCCUUCCUUCUCUCCGCCGCCAGCACCAGCAUCACCACCAUCCCAAGCUCCCUCUUCUCACGCACCACAGGGAUGGGCGAGGGCAGCAACGCACCUCAGUCCACCACCACCAACACCACCACCACCACCAUGCCCCGCUUCACACCACUCUUCACCCCAAACACUCAGGGGCAGACAGGGGCUUUCCCAACACCCUUUGGCAGCUCUCUGAGGCCCCUGACCAGCCUGGCCAUGCCCCCAAGCCUGGCCAGGGACACCACAACCUCUACAGCUGGUGGCAUCUUUGGCAGUGCUCAAGUGAAUGCCACAGUGCCAGCACCUUCCCUCUUUGGUGGCACCAAGAGGCCCAGCGAUGCCAUGGCCAGGGAUGGCGAGCAGGCUGCCGCUGACAACCCUGGCUCUGGCCCUCUGCUGGUCGGCCCUGCAGCAUCCAGCGUUUUUGGUGGGGGGGCAGGAGUGGCAGGAGGAGGCUUUGGGGUGACCCUGCCACUACCUAAAAUUUUUGGGGGUAGUGGGAGUGAGGGGGUCAGUACAAUGUUCAGCGGGGCAGGAGGAGGAAGUGGUGGUGGUGAUGGUGUUGGUGGUCAGGAAGAGUCUCUGUUUGGUCAGGUCACUGCUCCACCACCACCACCACCACACACUGACCUGUUCAAGGAGGCGAGGAUGGGCGAGGCAGACCCUUCUGCUGCUGGCAGGUCUCCCUCCAAGGUGUUUGGUGGUGGUGGUAGCACAAGUGGUGUGCUGGUGCCCUCAGUGCUGGGUAAGGAUCCUCUGGCACCAUUCAGCUCCCCUGAGGGCAAGGCAAAGGCUCACAGAGAGGCAGCCAAGGCUGAGGCUGCAGGUGUGUCCCCUGCCCCGGCCAAGGCCAGUAAGGCCAGCAAGGGCCAGGGCCAGGAUGAGAGGCAGAGCUCCCCACCAGAGUACAACAAGAAGGAGGUGACCAAGGUGAUUGUGGCGGACAUUCCUGACAGCUGCCUGGACCGGGAUGUCCUCAAGACACACUUCUCAAAGUUUGGUGACAUCAAGCGACUGGUGCUCAAUGCCCGCGCCCGUCAGGCCACCGUCAUCUAUGCCACACACCACGCUGCCUCAAGGGCCAAGCGGCGUGGCUGCAAGCUGCACCCCAUGCUACCCGAGGUGGAGAUAUACUAUGGCACGCCGGCGCGGCGCAGGAGUGAUGACGCUGGCAGCUCCAACGCCGUGCAGGCCAAGAAGAAGGCCAUCCGCACCCUGCAGCAGGUGCACCAGUCCACUGACCUGGAUCCCUACACACCCCUGCAGCGGCCCAGCACGGACCCAACGCCACUGCCGCUGCUCACUAAAAAGCCACUCAAGGCGCGCAUUGCCAGAGCCACCACCAAAGCAGCCCAGCCACCGCCGCCAUCACCACCAUCACUGUCACCAGCUGCCAAGCGACUGUCGGCACCAAAGACAAAGGUGCGCAGUAAGUCACCAGGGCGUGAGGCCAAGGAGGCCAGCACAGUGACAGCCGACGAGGGCAACCUGGCUGCCGUGCUGGAGUGUACCGCACAGAACAACAAUGACCGCUAUACCAUCCUGAAGGCUCGGGACAAGCUGUUGCGGCGUGAACGUCACCGCACCUCUGACCUGCAGCAGGCCACCUACCUGGCUGCCACCUGCCCCGACAUGUGCCCUGAGCUGGAGCGCUACAUGCGGGAUGUGCAGUGCGACCUCAGCACCACCUUUGAGACCACCGCCGGCGUGCUGGACCACCGCCUUGCCACAAAGAAGUUCUCCCGCAGUAGUGCCGACAAGGAGCUGCCACUGCCACACGAGCUGCGGCCUGGCCCAGUGCUGCUGCGCACCAUGGACUUCCUGGUGUGCAACGUGAUGGGCCGUGUGGAUGAGGCCGACAUGGAGGCGGACGUGUGGUACAACUACCUGUGGAACAGAACACGGGCCGUGCGCAAUGACCUGAUGCAGCAGCAGCUGGUAAACGGUGACGCGGUAGCCAUCAUGGAGCGCUGUACUCGUUUCCACAUCUACGCUGCAGAGCGGCUGUGCGAGGAGCCGGCCGACCUGUAUGAUGACAAGAUGAACACGGAGCACCUCACCAAGAGCCUGCAGACCCUCAAGGAGCUGUACCAUGACCUGGCCGAGCAGGGCUGCCACUUCCCCUCCGAGGCGGAGUUCCGUGCUUACGAGAUGCUACUCAGCCUCAACGACGGCGAGGCAAUCGUCAAUAAGUACGCACAGUUCAGGGACGAGGUGCAGAAGUCACCCGCGGUGCAGUUUGCCCUGAAGGUGAUUCUGGCUGUCACCUUUAACAACUAUGUCAAGUUCUUCCGCCUGGUGAGAGAGUCGGCCACUUUCCUGCAGGGUUGCCUGCUGCUCCGCUACUUCCGCCAGGUGCGCUCCCGGGCCCUGGAGACCAUGGUGCGCUCCUACAUGCCUCGCAAGGGCCCCCAGACCAUUCCCCUGGCCAAGGUCACUCACAUCCUGGGCUUUGAGAGCGAGCAGGAGGCCGUGGAGUUUCUGCGGUGCCAUGGCAUCACCGCCAAUGACGGCGCCGUCUCGCUGGACCGGCACUGUUUCAUCCGCAGGCCAGAGGAGGUGCCUCCCUCAGUGAGGCCAGUGGCGCUGGUGGAGGUGAACCGCUUCGUGUCUGUGGAGGAGGUGAUCCAGGGCUGUCCCGUGCCCCCCAACCCCCUGCACACUCAUGUCCCUCACGACAGCUUUGACCAGCAGGGUUGCCUCAAGCCGGAGGCACGGGAUGCCUCAGACCAGUCUGAGGUGAGGGUUGGGGUGGAAGUGCCAGCACCGCUGGGCCUGGGCCUGGCUCCAGUGGUGCAGCAGUCUGAGGCACUGCAGAACUAUGAGCUGGUGUCCCACAUGAAGGACAUCUACAGUGCAGUGGAGGGUGCAGUGCUGCCAGCCAUGUUAAGGGAGAUGAGCCAGCAGGUGGUGGAAACAGCGCGGCAUGAUGUGGCAGCCCAGGGCGUGGCAGCAGAUCUGCUGGCAGAAAGUGUGCGGCAGGAAGCAGACCGAGUCGGCCGGGAGGGCUACCAUGAGGUAGAGUGCGAGGAGAGAGAGAGACGGAGGAGGCAGCAGGAGGAGGAGGAGAGACAGAGGAAAGCACUCCAGGAGGCAAGGAGGGUGGCCGCCAACCUGCUGUUUGCCGAGUACAGCGGUCAGUUUGUGGAGAGCUGUGUGAGGGAAAUGUGUGGGGAAGCACUGCAGGAGGUGGCUGAGGAGGUGGCCCUGCUGGAGCUGACAAGAGAGCUGCCCCUUGUGUGUUGUCAGGAGGUGGUGGAGGAGGAGACUGCUGCACUGUGCCGGGAGGCUGUGGAGGAGCUGGUGGCACAGCAACGGCAGCGUGUGGAGGCCUUCACCAGGAGGGUCGCCCUGAGGAGGAUGGCACAACACUUCCAGGUGUGGCGCAUGCAAACUCAGAAGGCCCAGAGGCGCAAGGAGUCACAGAUGACAUUCCCAGCGGCCUGCUCCAGCCUGACCCUGUGCCAGCAGAACCAGGCUCUGGGCUGGGGCUACGCAAGGGACCCUGACCACAACAUGUCUGCCCCACAGCUGGCUCGGCUGCAGGAGGCCACCCGGGAUGCUCUCAAGAAGCUCACUGUGAGGAACCGGCUGAUGAAGGAGUGUGCAUGGCACCCUCUGCCCCUGCAGCACCACCUGGCAGCCCUGGUGUCUGGCCCACCCCCUGCCCACCACAACUUGUUGACGCGCUAUUUCAAGGUGCUGGUGUGCUGGGAGGAGGCGGUGCGGCCCGAGGUGGUGCUGUGGCUGCGCUCCAAGCUUGGGGGCCAGGACGGGGACCGAGGGACAAGCCAAGAGUCAGGACAGAGCACCAACCAGGACAUCCUGCAGCCGCUAGACACCACCUUCAGCUUUGUGUCGCAGCGCAGUGGCUUAGAGUAUGCCUGGGUCCUGAGGGAGGUGCCGGCAUCUGCCUUGGCCAAUGCUGACCUCAGGGGCACAGCGCUGCUCCUCUUUGUGUCGUCCAGCCAGGCAGGGCAGAGUGUGUGUCGGGGCAGGGUGCAGGAGAUGAUGCGGGGCAAGCCAGGAGUGUGUUUCCAUGAGAUGUGCUUUGAGGGUGGACAGGAGGCACCCAGGGAGAGCUGGUCACUGGUGGAGGAGGACUUGGUCAAGCCAGAGACCUCAGACAGGCUACAGUCACUGCUGCUGGAGUCGUGGCGGCAGCAGAGUGAGCGGGUGUGUGUGGCAGCGUCCUACCUCAAUGACCUGGCCAAUGACGCUGUGCUGCGGCACUUUCUGGAGUCAGCACUCAGACGCCAUGAAGAGAGGGCCACAGAUGGCAAGACGCCCCUCCCCCCGACUGCCCUCAUUGACCUGUACAACAGUGUGCUGGACACUCUGGUGCAUGCUGUGGCUGACAACACUCUCGCCACGCUGUCCUGGCCACCCCCAGAGUUGGCCCACCUGACACAGGUCCCGCCGCCCUCUUGGAACGGCACAGACGCCAGGCGGGCAGCAGAGCUCCUGGCCAGUAUGAGGCUGCCGCAGCUGCAGCUAGAGGGGAUCACCACUACCUGGGAUGGCCUCACUGCACUGCUGCAUCGUUAUGCCGCCACCGUGGCCAAGCAGGACGGCGAGGCUCCCGUGCUGGUCUCCCAUAUGGAUGCCAUCCUGGCCGACACACGGCCCAGCCUACAGCGCCUGCUGUGUGAGGCAGGGGAGGAAGAGGAGACGUUCCCCAUGCUGGAGAUCCAUCCUCUGCUAGCACCAUGGCCACAAAUCAUCUAUGCCUGUGCCUCAUAUAGGCUGUCAGGGCUGCCUGCCACCACAGUGUACUACCAACCCCAGGCUCUCCAUCUCUUCCCCCAGCCCAUCUCAUGGGGGGCUGCUUGCCGUACCUCAGACCUAGAGUGGCAGGAGGCCAUCCAGAGGAGCUCCAGUGGUGCCUCCAGGAAGCGGAAGGCACAGCGGGAGGAGGAAGAGAGGCAGGAGAAGAAGGUGACCAGGGCAAAGACUGUGCACUCCAAGCUGCUGGAUGACAUUGCCUCUGAGAAACAGAAGUGUGCAGAAUUUGAGAAGAACCUGGAGAGUCUGCUGGACAUUGAAGAGGAGCUGAGGCUGCUCUUCAACACCAGCUACUGAGGCCUGGCUUCCACUAGACUGUGACACCCUGCUGCUGCUGCUUCCUUGGACAAGAGUCAUGAGAUGGUUCAGGUGUUGAUGUUGCCACCUGAAAAAAAAAACACAGCACACAGGAUACACUUGACAAGGACAGCCAUGGAAACCAGUGGUCACUUGUUAUGGUUUGAGUUUUAGUGUGUUGCCUGACAGAACCGACCUGCAGUACCUUACUAAACUAUGUGCCCUUAUUUACUAGAGUGUGAGGUGUGUGUGUGUGUGUGUGUGUGUGUGUGUGUGUGUGUGUGUGUGUGUGUGUGUGUGUGUGUGUGUGUGUGUGUGUGUGUGU